AUGGAGCCCCCGGACGCCCGCGCCACCGCGCGCCCGGCCCCGCGCCUGCUGUGGCUCGCGCUGCUGCUGGCGGCGCACCCAGGUUCCCAGGCCAAGGUGCAUGUGUCUGUGCCUCCACUGGUGGAGGUGAUGCAAGGAAAGCCCGUCACCCUGGACUGUACCCCCUUGGAGAACCCUGACCAUUUUGUGCUGGAAUGGUUCCUUACCGACCGCUCCGGCACGCGCCACCGCCUGGCCUCUGUUGAGCAGCAGGGCUCCCAGCUCCAAGGCACAGUGCAUGACUUCCGGGGCCGCAGCCCCCCGUACCAGCUGGACUCCCAGGGGCGCCUGGUGCUGCCCCAGGCCCAGGUGGGCGACGAGCGGGACUAUGUGUGCGUGCUGAGAGCUGGGGCUGCGGGCACCACUGAGGCCACCGCAAAGCUCCGCGUGUUCGCAAUACCAGAGACCACUGAGGUGAACCCCAACCGAGGGACGCUGUCCGUGAUGGAAGAGUUGGCCCAAGAGAUUGCCACCUGCAGCAGCCGGAAUGGGAACCCAGCCCCCCGGAUCACGUGGUAUAGAAACGGGCAGCUCCUGGACGUGCCCAUGGAGGUGAAUUCUGAGGGCUACAUGACCAGCCGGACAGUCCGCGAGGCCUCGGGCCUGCAGUCCCUCACCAGCACCCUCUACCUGCGGCCCCGCAAGUUGGACCGGGAGGCCAGCUUCCACUGCGCUGCGCACUACAGCCUGCCCUUGGGUAACCAGGGCCGCCUGGACAGCAGCCCCUUCCACCUCACCCUGCACUAUCCCACGGAACAUGUGCGGUUCUGGGUGGGCAGCCCGUCUACCACAGAGGGCUGGGUACGUGAGGGCGACUCUAUCCAGCUGCUCUGCCAGGGGGACGGCAGCCCCAGCCCGGAGUACACGUUCUUCCGCCUUCAGGACAAGCAGGAGAAAGUGCUGACCAUAAACCUGGAGGGCAACUUGACCCUGGUGGGGGUGAACCGGAGCCAAAGCGGGACCUACGGCUGCAGAGUAGAAGAUUACGAUGCCGCUGAGGAGGUCCAGCUCACCAAGACCCUGGAGCUGCGUGUGGCCUACCUAGACCCCCUGGAGCUCAGCACCGGGGAGGAGCUCUCCGUGCUCCUCAACAGCAGCCGAACCGCAGUGAACUGCUCCGCGCGCGGCCUGCCCGCCCCCACCCUGCGCUGGACCAAGGACUCAGUGCCCCUGGGGGACGGCCCCACACUCUCUCUGAGCCCCGUCACCUUCGACUCUGCUGGCACCUACGUGUGCGAGGCCUCCAUGUCCACUGUCCCCUUCCUCAGCCGCGUCCGGAGCUUCAAGCUGCUGGUCCAAGGGUCCCCCGAGCUAAGGGCAGAGGAGAUGGAGCCCAAGGCAGAGGGCGGCUGGACGGAGGGGGACGAAGUCAGGCUGACCUGCUCGGCCCGGGGCCACCCGGAGCCUGAACUCACCUGGAGUCAGCUGGGUGGCCGUCCUGCAGAGCCAGUCCUCGGAGGGCAGGGCUGGGUGAGCAGCUCCCUGACCCUGAAGGUGACCAGUGCCCUGGGACGCGAGGGCGUCGCCUGUGAGGCCUCCAACCCCCACGGGAGGGUCAGCCACGUCUUCCACUUCGGCACAGUGGCCCCCCAGACGGCCCAGGCCGGAGUGGCCGUCAUGGCCGUGGCCGUCAGCGUGGGCCUCCUGCUCCUCGUGGUGGCUGCCUUCUACUGCAUGAGACGUAAGGGGCGCCCUGGCUGCUGCCGGCGGAGAGAGAAAGGGUCCCCGCCACCUGGGGAGCCAGAGCUGAGCCACUCAGGGUCCCAGCGGCCAGAGCAGAAGGGCCUUCUCGUGGGAGGUUCCUCUGGAGGAGCCAGGGGUGGCAGCGGGGGCUUUGGAGACGAGUGCUGAGCCCAAGGACCUCCUCAGGCUGUCACUGGACAGAGCUGCGGGCAUCAGAACCCUGCUCGCCCGCCCGC